AGCUGUUCCUUGCUGGUUUCCUUUCAAGUCAUGAUUGAAUUCCCCAUUCUCAUUCACUAUCCGCAAUCGGCCUACUUCUAUUUGAGGAACCAGCCAAUAACACCGUCUCAUGGAAUUUCCGGAGUUGGGCCAGCAUUGCUCCGCAGCAUAUUGCCGCAAACUCGACUUUUUGCCGGUGAAAUGUGAUGCAUGUACAGAACUUUUUUGUCAUGAGCAUAUGUCAUAUUUGAAGCAUAAUUGCCCAAAAUCGGAUGCUAGAAAUGUCCAGGUACCCGUAUGCCCAUUGUGCAAUGCUCCCGUCCCGUCUAAAAGAGGUGAAAUGCCUGAUAUAGCAGUCGGUGCUCAUAUUGACCGGGAUUGUCAGUCAGAUCCAGCCAAAAACCGGAGAAAGGUUUUCAGCAAUAAGUGCAACCUGAAAGGGUGUAAAAAGAAGGAACUGUUUCCUGUCAUUUGCAAGGAUUGCCACUUAAAUUUCUGCAUUAGUCAUAGGCAUCCAACUGAUCAUAAUUGCAACAUGAUAAAAAAAGUAAUUAGAACAAAUGGACCAAAACAGAAGCAUUCAAGCAAUGUUACAAAUUAUGUCGAUGUGGUUCAAGGCCAAAUGAGUGAAGAUGAAGCUCUUGCUCAUGCUUUGGCUUUGUCUCUUGAAGAAAAUAACCAUCAGUCUUCUUCAAAUAAUAGUGAACAAAGUACAUUAAGAAAUGGUGGUAAUUCAUUGACUGAAUGGAAGAAAAAACAAAUCACCAAACCUUCAACAUCCACUCAUUCCGAAUCGUGUUCAAUUUCCUAAUAAUACUCUGAUAAAAGCAAUCUGUGAUGCAGAAAGUGGUAAUAAGAUCUACCGAACUAUGGACGAAAUCUUGAAUGCACUUCAAGAAUUAGAAGAAAAAGAAAAUUUAAAGUUUAAAGAAGCAAAUGAAAUCAACGUUUACAUUGCCCCUCUCCCUAACAAGUUACGACACCGAUGAAGAUAAUGCCGAUGAAGAUGAGGGAGGUACUGUAAAUAAUUUGAAUGGGCAUCAGUUGUUAGCAGAUGGUGAAUUUGUUUUGAGCAGCAAAGAGGGAGAUUUAUUAAGGUUGGUUGAGAAACAUAACACCCUUUUAGAGUAUAGUUCCGCAAGUCCCACAGCAAUUCAUUCUCCCAACAUAACUUCCACAUCACAAUGUCCACAGAAGAAACUGAAGCUAACACAGAAGCAUCUAACCUCCAAGAUAGUAAUGGAAAAUUCUAGAAGAAAAGAGUGAAAUCUUACAAUUUUUGGGUAAAAGAUGAUCUACCUUUCUAUAAUAUUGGUUGCAAAUUUUUGAAAUUCCGAACUCACCUUUGAACCAAUCAUGUAGACCGAUGACUCCACUAAAACUGUUCAAGCUAUUUUUCAAUGAUAACUUCUAGAAAGAAAUCGUGAAACAAUCCGUGAUAUAUGCGGUACAAAAAGGAAAAUGGAAUUACCAAUUUUCGGUUUAAGAAAUUAAGGCUUUCUUGGGAAUUUUGAUUUUGAGUGGAUACUGCAUUGUCCCACGAAGGCGGAUGUACUAGGACGAGAAACCUGAUGUGCAUAAUGCCGCAUUUUCUUCAACUCUUUAUAGAAACAGGUUUGAAUAAAUUAUGAGAUAUAUCCAUUCAAAGAAUAUUAACAGACUCAAGAAGAACAAUAAACUUUCAAAAGUGAGACCUUACUUGGAGCACUUGAAACUUUCUCUCAAGAAAUUUGCAGUUUGGUAGUCAAGAGUUCAGUAUAGAUGAAGCGAUGAUUCCAUACUUUGGUCAUCAUGGUCUAAAACAAUGUAUUAGGGGAAAGCCAAUAUGUUUUUACUACAAGGCAAGGUGUCAUAACUUCAAACAAGGCUAUCUGGUGAACUUCUAAAUUUACCAAGGUGCUAAGGGUGCUGAAAAUGUUUACAAGUAAGAUUUUGGAUUGGGUAGUAGUGUUUUAUUAAUUUUUCUGAUAGUUUGUUGAAAUCAUGAUGAAUUUUCAGCCUCACCAUGUAUUUACUGACAAUUAUUUCACAUCCUUGAGUGCUGCAAAGGAAUUCACUAAGAGAUCAACUGCAUUGACUGGAACAAAUAGGACUGACAGUAUUGGAAAUAGCAAUCUAAUGGAUGUAUCUAUUAUGGAAAAAAAGCCAGGGGAUUUUAUGAUGUGUACUAUGAAAAGAAGCAUAGCAACAUUUUGCUCUGCCGAUGGAAUGGCAACUCCAUGGUUUCCUUAUUGUCUAAUUGUUUAGCAGUGAGCCCCACCAAUUUUGCAACAAGAUAUUCAGCCACAGAAAAAUAAGAAAAUUCAAGUGAGCCAACCCCAUGUGGUUAGGUCCUAUAACAAAAACAUGGGAGAAACUGAUCGCAUGAAUCAAAAUGUAUCAACAUACCGAAUAUCUCUAAGAUCUAAACAAUGGUGUUAGUCAAUAUUUCUAUGGGGAAUCGACAUUUCUUUACAAAAUGCAUGGAUCUUACACCAAAAAUCAGUAAGAGCAAGAUGUAAGCAGUCAUUAGAUUUCUUGGAAUUCAAAAGAAGUGUGGCAAGAGAGUUAAUGGAAAAAACACAACUCCAAGGAUCAGAACAGGGAACAUUUCAUCAACCGUGGCUAGUUGGACUUCAAGCGGAAUCAGGUAUGACAGCUUAGGACAUUUUUGGACUCACAAACAAUCUGCUGUGAAUUUUGCCACUACCAUACUAUGAUGAAAUGUGAAAAAUGUUCAUUGGCCUUGCAACAAAAAUGUUUUGCAAAUUUUCAGUCGAAUAGUUACUAGUUACCUAUCAUAUAAUAUUUUUGUAAUCACCUAACAAAAGAAAUAAAAAUUUUAUAAAACA